GCUGGAGACUGCGGGGCCGACUGCGGGCCAGAGAGCGGGCGCCGGGAGCGCCGUGAGCGCGGCCGGGCGAGGCGGGAGCGUGGGCGCGGGCCUGGCCGCGGGCGGGGACCGCCGCCGCGCCGCCGUCCCCCAGUCGGCGGGCCGGGCCGCGGCGCCGAGCGCGAGGGCCGGGCUCCCGGGGCCGGUGGCCAUGGGUGGGAGCCGGAGGCGGCAGCGGCAGCGCCAGCGGCAGCGGCAGCGGCGGGCCCCGCGGGCGGGGAGGCGCGCGGCCCACGGCCCCUGACGGCCCCCGGCGGCCCGGCGCGCCCCCGCGCCUCCUGGGGGGCCGUCGCCCAGCAACGCCCGGCGCGCCCGCCCAUCCCCCGCUGCCCUUUUUCUCCUGGCCCGGUGCGAGGGAGCAUGCCCGCGCCCGGCCUCAGCCAGCCCAGUUAACCCGAGGGGCGUGGAGCCGCCCCUCCCUCGGGCCGUCCUCCCCUCCCCCGCUAGGCGGCCCGCCCCCUGCGCUAGGGUAUGGCCCCCGGCCCCGGCCCGGGACCCGAGGUCCCGCACUCCGGCCAGUGAAAGGCGUUUUCCCGUUCCCGCCCUCCUCCCCCCGCCGGCCAGCACCAUGGGAUGUAAUAUGUGCGUGGUUCAGAAACCGGAGGAGCAGUACAAAGUGAUGCUUCAGGUGAACGGGAAGGAGCUCUCCAAGCUGUCUCAGGAGCAAACCCUGGAGGCCCUGCGCUCCUCCAAGGAGCCCCUGGUGAUCCAGGUGCUGAGACGCAGCCCCCGCCUCCGGGGGGACAGCUCGUGCCAUGACCUGCAGCUGGUGGACAGUGGCACUCAGACCGACAUCACCUUUGAGCAUAUCAUGGCGCUGGGCAAGCUGCGCCCGCCCACCCCGCCCAUGGUCAUCCUGGAGCCGUACGUCCUGUCUGAGCUCCCCCCCAUCAGCCAUGAGUAUUAUGACCCAGCGGAGUUCAUGGAGGGCGGCCCACAGGAGGCAGACCGUAUGGACGAGCUGGAGUAUGAGGAGGUGGAGCUGUAUAAGACCAGCCACCGAGACAAGCUAGGCCUGAUGGUUUGCUACCGCACGGACGAUGAGGAGGACCUGGGCAUCUAUGUUGGAGAGGUGAAUCCCAACAGCAUCGCAGCCAAAGACGGCCGGAUCCGCGAGGGCGACCGGAUCAUCCAGAUAAAUGGCGUGGACGUCCAGAACCGGGAAGAGGCGGUGGCCAUUCUGAGCCAGGAGGAGAACACCAACAUCUCGCUGCUGGUGGCCCGGCCCGAGAGCCAGCUGGCAAAGCGGUGGAAGGACAGUGACCGGGAUGACUUUCUGGAUGACUUUGGCUCUGAGCAUGAGGGGGAGCUGCGCACACGGAAGCCGAAACCCCCCGCUGCCCAGCAGCUCGGCAACGAAGAGGAGAGAGGGGUCCCCGAUGUGGGCACAGGCCUGAGCAACAGCCAGGAGCUGGACAGUGGGGUGGGCCGCACCGACGAGAGCACCCGCACCGAGGAGAGCUCCGAGCACGACCUGCUGGGCGACGAGCCCGCCAGCGCCGCCGACACCCCCGGGGCCCUGCGCAAGAGCCGCGACCUGCACUUCAGCAUGGACUCCCUGCUGGCCGAGGGGGCGGCGCUGGGCGGGGGCGACCUCCCGGGCCUCACGGAGGAGGAGUACGAGCGCUACCGCGAGCUGCUGGAGAUCAAGGGCCACCUGGAGAACGGCAACCAGCUGGGCCUCCUCUUCCCCAGGGCGUCCGGCGGCGGCCACAGCGCGCUGGAUGUGAACCGCAACGAGAGCUUGGGCCACGAGAUGGCCAUGCUGGAGGAGGAGCUGCGACACCUGGAGUUCAAGUGCCGCAACAUCCUGCGGGCACAGAAGAUGCAGCAGCUGCGCGAGCGCUGCAUGAAGGCCUGGCUGCUGGAGGAGGAGGGUCUCUACGACCUGGGGGCUGGCGAGCCCAAGAAGCACGAGCUGUCGGACAUCUCCGAGCUGCCAGAGAAGUCGGACAAGGACAGCACCAGCGCCUACAACACCGGGGAGAGCUGCCGCAGCACCCCGCUGCUCGCAGAGCCCCUGCCCGAGAGCCCCCUGCGGCGGGCCGCCGCCGCCGCCGCCGCCGCCGCCGCCGGCAACUCCAACUUGAACCGGACCCCUCCCGGCCCCGCCGGCCCCACCCACCCCAAGGCAGCCCCUCCGCAGGGGAGCCCCGCCAAGUUCCGAUCUCUCUCCCGGGAUCCCGAGCUGGGCCGGAGACCGCACUCGGAGGAGCGAGUCCGCCGGAGCCCCAAGCCGGGCGUGACCCUGGAGCGCGUGGGCCCUGAAGGCAGCCCUUACCUCUCGCGGCGCCACCGCGGCCAGGGCCAAGAGAGCGAGCACUACCACAGCUGUGUGCAGCUGGCCCCGCCGCGCGGCCUGGAAGAGCUGGGCCACGGGCCCCUCGCUCUGGCCGGCGGCGGCCCCCGGGUGGGCGGGGCAGCGGCGGCCACCGAAGCCCCCCGCAUGGAGUGGAAGGUCAAGGUGCGCAGCGAUGGGACCCGCUAUGUGGCCAAGCGGCCGGUGCGCGAUCGCCUCCUCAAAGCCCGGGCCCUGAAGAUCCGGGAGGAGCGCAGCGGCAUGACCACCGACGACGAUGCGGUGAGCGAGAUGAAGAUGGGCCGCUACUGGAGCAAGGAGGAGCGGAAGCAGCACCUGAUCCGGGCCCGGGAGCAGCGGAAGCGGCGCGAGUUCAUGAUGCAGAGCCGGCUGGAGUGCCUGCGGGAGCAGCAGAACGGCGACAGCAAGGCCGAGCUCAACAUCAUUGCCUUGAGCCACCGCAAAACCAUGAAGAAGCGGAACAAGAAGAUCCUGGACAACUGGAUCACCAUCCAGGAGAUGCUGGCCCACGGCACGCGCUCCGCCGACGGCAAGCGGGUCUACAACCCUCUGCUCUCCGUCACCACCGUCUGAGCCCCGCUGUGCUCCGGGGCAGGCCUUCUGCCCCCCUCCCCCCCCCCCCCCAGGUCCAGGGAGCCUCCCAAGACCCUGUCCCCUGCUCUCCCUUAGAAUCUAGUGUGUGUCUGUGUGUACGCACGGCGUGUGUGCACCCGUCUUUGUGUGUGUGCACAGGACCUUGUUGCCAGAGAGAAGCCCCCGAGGAGAAGGGAUGCCUCUCUCCACCGGCUACUUCCUGCUCUCCAAGCACAGCGGCCACGUCGCCAGCUGGCACGGGGGACACCCUUUCCGCUGUGUGCCGGCCACGUGUGCCUAACGCGAGCGCAGGCACACGCACGCGCACACGCGGUCCCCUCUCCGGAGCUCUCGGCGGCGUGGGUACUUGGGGACGGGAAAGGACUGAAAAGGAGAGCCGAAGAGGACUGUCCUAAGCACAAGAGAAUGCCUGGCUGUGAAGCUGAGCACGGCCUCGCCCCCUGCCGGGAGACUUGGUUAUUUGUAGACAAAGGCACCCCUGAGUUUUGUGGUUUUUCUCCCUUUCUGUGCUUGCCGGUUGUUGUUUUUCUGUUUUGUGGACUUGCCCUGGGGGCUGGCGGCUCCUUCAGGCGGCCUGACAAAGCGGAACCCCCAGUGAUGGCUGGGAAGGAGGUGGGGGGGGGGGAAGGAAGAGAGGGAGGGCUGGGGCAGGGGGAGGGAAGGGUCAGGGAAGAAGGGGAGAAGGGGAAGCAGCUUUCUUGGUGGUCUCCGCCGUGAGGUGUGGGGAUGGGCAGCCUUCGAUGCGGCCUGCGAGGCCCACUCUGGAGCCCACGUCCUUCCCCGAUGACCGAGGGAGAGCCAAGAUGGAAGUAGCAGUGGAAGAACUCAGUGACGAGACCCGUGCUGACCUUAGGGAGCGGCCGCACCCAAGAGGGACGGGCCGGCCAGCCGGGUUGCCUGGGGAGAAGACGCUCCCUAAGUGUGGACCCGGCCCAGGCCUCGGGGCCAUCCCGGCUCAGAGAGCCUCAGAGAGCCUCAGACCGGAGGCACACAGGCUGCCUGCCCCUGCGCCCCCAUUGGCAUCGGGAGAAUAAAGCAAGCUGCCUUUUUGAGGUGA